AUGGCGACCAUCACGACGCCGCUCCGCUCCGCGCUGCUCUCCCCGGCCGCCGCCUCGUCCGCGGGCCACCGCCGCGGGGGCGGGGGCCGGCGCCGCGCGCCCUCCUCCGUGCGCUGCGACGCCUCCCCGCCCUCCUCGCCCGUGGCGGCCGCCUCGCUCGACCCGGACUUCGACAAGAAGGCGUUCCGCCACAACCUCACCCGCAGCGACAACUACAACCGCAAGGGGUUCGGCUACAAGAAGGAGACGCUCGAGCUCAUGAGCCAGGAGUACACCAGCGAUGUGAUCAAGACGCUCAAGGAUAACGGCAACCAGUACACAUGGGGCCCCGUCACCGUGAAGCUCGCGGAGGCCUACGGAUUCUGCUGGGGCGUCGAGCGCGCCGUGCAGAUCGCGUACGAGGCGCGCAAGCAGUUCCCCGAGGAGCGCAUCUGGCUCACCAACGAAAUCAUUCACAACCCCACCGUCAACAAGAGGUUGGAUGAGAUGGGUGUAGAAAUCAUUCCUGUUGAUGCGGGUAUCAAGGAUUUCAAUGUAGUCGAACAAGGUGAUGUUGUUGUGUUGCCUGCAUUUGGAGCUGCUGUGGAGGAGAUGUACACGCUAAAUGAGAAGAAAGUGCAGAUUGUUGAUACGACCUGCCCUUGGGUUUCAAAGGUCUGGAACAUGGUCGAAAAGCACAAGAAGAGUGAAUAUACUUCAAUUAUUCAUGGAAAAUAUUCCCACGAAGAAACUGUUGCCACUGCUUCUUUUGCAGGAAAGUACAUCAUUGUGAAGAAUAUGACAGAGGCAACCUAUGUGUGUGAUUAUAUACUUGGUGGCCAACUUGAUGGGUCUAGCUCAACAAAAGAGGAGUUCCUUGAGAAAUUCAAGAGAGCUGUUUCUCCAGGAUUUGAUCCUGAUGUUGAUCUUGAUAUGGUGGGAAUUGCAAAUCAAACAACAAUGCUUAAAGGAGAAACUGAAGAAAUUGGGAAACUUGUUGAAAAGACUAUGAUGCAAAAAUAUGGAGUUGAAAAUGUAAACGAUCACUUCAUGGCCUUCAAUACUAUUUGCGAUGCCACUCAGGAAAGACAAGAUGCUAUGUAUCAGCUGGUGAAAGAGAAAGUUGACCUUAUUCUUGUUAUUGGAGGAUGGAAUUCAAGUAACACCUCUCAUCUGCAAGAAAUUGGAGAACUCAGUGGAAUUCCAUCCUACUGGAUUGACAGUGAACAAAGGAUUGGACCAGGAAACAUGAUCAGCUACAAGUUAAAUCAUGGUGAACUUGUUGAGAAAGAGAACUGGUUACCCGAGGGGCCUAUUACCAUUGGUGUUACUUCGGGUGCCUCAACUCCGGACAAGGUCGUUGAGGAUGCUCUUCAGAAGGUAUUUGAGAUCAAGCGUCAGGAAAUUUUGCAGGUUGCAUAA